AAAAAAAUCAACUCUGAUCAUUGUAUAAGAUGGGAGUAGCUUAGAGUAAAUACAACCGUCUUUCCAUUUGGAUUACGCAUUCAUUUCAGACAAAGCACACACACCCUUUGAAAUCCAAGUCUUUGAUUCAGAUUCCUUUGUUCUUUCUUUGUUUUUCCAAAUAAAUUCUCCGUGAAAGUUCUGUUCUUUGUUUUUGAUUUCAUCAAUGAUAGUGAUUUGGGGUAUGGAAAGAAAAAAGAGUGAAAAUUUGUGAUUUUUGUUGAAGUGGGGUUUUCUUUCUCUGUUCUUUGAAAUGGAUUUAAUGGAGAUUUCAAUAAUGCUUCACGUUGGAUUAGUUUUGCUGCUGCUUUGGAUGCUUUCUCACUACAAUCUUUGCCAUCCACUUGCUUAUUUUGUGUCUCUCAUUUACCUCUAUUUGGUUCAUGAAAGCUAUGUGACGAGAUUGAGGAAGAAAUUGGAGUUCGAGGAAAAAAGGCAAAAUUUUAGGAGAAGGGUACUUUCGGAUUCCGAAUCUGUUCGGUGGCUAAACCAUGCUGUUGAAAAGAUAUGGCCUAUUUGUAUAGAGCAGAUUACAUCACAGAAGAUUCUGCUUCCUAUCAUACCUUGGUUCUUGGACAAGUACAAACCUUGGACUGCUGAAAAAGCUGCGGUUCAGCACUUAUAUUUGGGAAGAAAUCCACCUUUGUUCACGGAGAUGAGAGUUCUUCGUGACUGCUCCGAUGAUGACCACUUGGUACUGGAGCUGGGAAUGAAUUUUAUCACAGCUGAUGACAUGAGUGCAAUUCUUGCUGUGAAACUCAGGAAAAGAUUGGGCGGGAUGUCGGCAAAGUUGCAUGUAACAGGCAUGCAUGUUGAAGGAAAGGUUUUGAUUGGGGUGAAAUUUAUCCGGAAGUGGCCUUUCCUUGGUCGUCUGAGAGUAUGCUUUGCUGAGCCUCCAUAUUUCCAGAUGACUGUGAAACCUAUCUUACCUCAUGGACUUGAUGUUACUGAACUUCCAGGGAUUGCUGGAUGGCUUGAUAAACUUCUCUCAACAGCAUUUGAGCAGACGCUUGUUGAGCCUAAUAUGCUGGUGGUUGAUGUCGAGAAGUUUGCUUCUCCCAGUUCAGAAAACUGGUUUUCUGUCGAUGAGAAGCAACCUAUUGCUCAUGCUAAGGUUGAAGUUAUUGAAGCAUCUGAUAUGAAACCUUCAGAUUUAAAUGGAUUGGCUGAUCCAUAUGUGAAGGGGACACUUGGCCCUUAUAGAUUCAGGACUAAGACGCACAAGAAAACUUUGUCUCCGAAAUGGCACGAGGAAUUUAUUAUCCCUAUAUGCUCUUGGGAGACACCUAAUGUAAUGGUUAUAGAAGUUCGGGACAAAGACCAUUUGUUUGAUGACACCCUCGGUAAUUGCUCGGUAAAUGUUACCGAACUUAGGGGUGGCCAGAGACAUGACAUGUGGUUGCCUCUUCGAAAUAUUAUAAUGGGAAGACUGCAUCUUGCAAUAACCGUGGUUGAAGAUAAUGCUAAGGUUACACCUGGAAGUGAUGACGCAGUUCACGCUGAAACAUUAAACAAGGAAGAUAUACAAGUCGCCUUUGCAACUAAAGAUGCUGAUAACCGUUCAUUCUCACCUACGUCUUCGCUUAAGUCUCCAACCCUGCUGGACCAUUUAGAACCGAUAGAUGUUGAAGGACAAGAAGAAACUGGGAUAUGGGUUCAUCACCCUGGAAGUGAAGUGUCACAAACUUGGGAACCUAGGAAAGGGAAGGGUAGAAGCCUUGAGACACAGAUUCAUAGAGUGCCUAACAGUUCUUUUGGCAGCACCAUUUCAGCAGCAUCUGGAUCCAUUAAAAGUGAUGACAGCAGUUCCGAAGAAAAUCCUAAUUCGAAAAAUCGAGUCAACAUGGUUAAGAAGGGUUUACGAAAGAUUGGUUCUGUAUUUCAGAGGAGUCCCAAAAGUGAGGGUUACUCAGGCAACCUUGGAGAGGUGGUUCCUUCUUCCCAUGAAAACCUCAGAGCAGUUAAUGACAAGGAUGUUUUGGUGAAGUUUGUAGUUGACGACAAUCUCUCAGCUGAUAAGGACUCAAAUGAUGGAAGCUCAAGUCCCGGGGGAAGCAGUGCAGAAAGCCCUAGAAAAAUGAAAGAUAUGGCGAAGAGUAUUCUAAAACAUGCUGGGAAUUCUGCUCGUAGCAUAAAACAUGUUCUUUCUCGUAAAGGGUCGAAAAAAUGUCGCAAUCUAUCAGCUGUGGAAGAACAAGAGUUCCCAAUAGAAUCCGACUCCAAUGUCGAUGAUGAUUCUUCGUCAUCCCCCGGAGUCAAGAGAAUGCCGGUUCUUUCCAAUCGCAUAUCCAACUCCAGAAGCAACGACGAUGCAAAAGAUGCUCAGGAGCAUGUCAUUCUAGCAGAUUCAAACAACCAGUUGAACCCUGAAACAAAUGCCGAGGGACAAGUGGAACAAUCGAGUGUUGAAGGCCAUAAUAGAGUAGAUGACGAUAAAGUCAACAGUCCUGUUAAGCCCGGUAAUGGAAGAGAUGAGCCACCCCAAAAACCGAAUCCUUCUGAGGGGAACUUGGAAUGUGAGAAAAAAGUAGGAAGACAAUCCUCAAACUGAUACUAAAGUUUAGGUUCCACUGAGGAAUAUGAAUACAUUGGUAUGUUCUAUUCCCAGCUACUAUUUCAUCCAAGGUAAA